AGUGCAGUUCGGUUUGUCGUCCGGGCGGCUUCAUGUGCCGCCGCACCUGGCUGCUGUGUAGAUCGGUGGUCUGCGGUGAAGCGCGCCGAUACUCACCCGAUACGACCCGCUCUCCCACCGGCACCUGCGCCCCGUCUCUAGCCGGGUUCGAGGGGGUCCAGCGCGGUGCGAGCAUCUGACCAGCAUGGACCCCCAGUCGAAGGAGCGCAGCAGCAGCCCGGCUGCGGCGAGCUUCAGCGGGCGGCUGGCCUCACUGGGAGCCGACGGGGGGGAGUCCGAGUCUGGUGCCGGGUCUGAGGAAGCUGCCGUGGGCUGCUGCAGCGAUACGGUCAGCAGUCUGCCCGACAUGGAGCAGGACAGUCUGGAGGAGAAGCUGAGAGGACUCGCGUUCCGGAAACAGAUCUCCUAUCGGAAAGCGAUCUCUCGCGCGGGCCUUCAGCACCUCGGCCCCCCUCAGCCCUCACUUCCUCCUGCGUCCAACGGUCCCAACAAGGAGCUUCGCACCAGCCUGGACUGGACGGAGAAUGCUGUGAAUGGAGAUCACCUGUGGAUGGAGACCAGCUGCUCCGGGGAGCUCUGCUACCUGGGAGAAGACACGUGUCUGUUGAAGACCGCAAAGUCGGCUCCAAGGAGGAAGUGUGCCGCCUGUAAGAUUGUCGUUCACACCGGCUGCAUAGAACAAUUAGAAAAGAUAAACUUCAGAUGCAAACCAACCUUCCGAGAGGGGGGAUCCCGAUGUCUGAGAGAUCAGAAUAUUCUGAGACAUCACUGGGUGCACAGACGAAGGCAAGAAGGGAAGUGCCGACAGUGUGGAAAGAGUUUCCAACAGAAGUUCUUCCACAGUAAAGAAAUCAUCGCCAUCAGUUGUUCCUGGUGUAAACAAGCUUUCCACAACAAGGUGACGUGUUUCAUGCUGCACCAGAUCGAGGAGCCAUGUUCGCUCGGGGCGCACGCCGGAGUCAUUGUACCUCCAUCCUGGAUUAUCAAAGUCAGGAAACCACAGAACUCUCUGAAGAACUCUGCCAGAAGAAAAAAGAGGACGUCGUUCAAGCGGAGGGCGAGCAAGAAGGGGCUGGAUGAGUCCAAAUGGCGGCCGUUCAUGUUGAAGCCUCUCCCCUCUCCCCUCAUGAAGCCCAUCCUUGUUUUUGUGAACCCAAAAAGUGGGGGCAAUCAGGGUGCAAAGGUGCUACAGAUGUUCAUGUGGAUCCUGAAUCCACGGCAGGUGUUCGACCUUUCACAGGGCGGCCUUCGAGAGGCUUUGGAGUUGUACAGAAAAGUGCCAAAUCUGAGGAUCCUGGCCUGUGGUGGCGACGGCACGGUGGGCUGGAUCCUGUCCAUGCUGGACGAGCUGCAGAUGAACCCCCAGCCUCCGGUCGCUGUUCUUCCUCUGGGAACAGGAAAUGACCUUGCCAGGACGCUCAACUGGGGUGGGGGCUACACAGAUGAACCAGUGUCCAAGGUUCUGUGUCAUGUGGAGGACGGGUCAGUGGUGCAGCUGGACAGAUGGAACCUCCUGGUGGAGAAAAGUGGCGGCCAGCCAGAGGAGGGCACUCAGAAGCUGCCUCUGAAUGUGUUCAACAACUACUUCAGCCUGGGCUUCGACGCUCAUGUGACCCUGGAGUUCCACGAAUCCAGAGAGGCCAACCCUGAGAAGUUUAAUAGUCGCUUCCGAAACAAGAUGUUCUAUGCAGGGGCUGCUUUCUCAGAUUUCCUCCAGAGAAGCUCGAGGGAUUUGUCCAAGCAUGUCCAAGUGGUGUGUGAUGGUACAGAUCUAACCCCCAAGAUCCAGGAGCUGAAAUUCCAGUGCAUCGUGUUUCUAAACAUUCCCAGGUACUGUGCUGGCACCAUGCCAUGGGGAAAUACGGGUGACCACCGGGACUUUGAGCCGCAACGCCACGACGACGGCUGCAUUGAAGUUAUCGGCUUCACGAUGGCGUCUCUGGCGGCGCUGCAGGUUGGAGGUCACGGGGAGAGACUGCACCAGUGCAGGGAGGUGGUUCUCACGACAUUCAAGACCAUGCCAGUUCAGGUGGAUGGCGAGCCGUGUCGACUGGCACCGUCCACCCUCCGCAUCUCUCUGCGCAACCAGGCCAACAUGGUCCAGAAGAGCAAGAGACGCACUUCAGUACCCCUGCUCAACGAUAUUCAGAAGGUGUGUGCAGCUGAUCUGCGCCGCCUCUCUGCUCCCCCUGACUCCUUCUCUGUUCCUCACGCAGUGCCGGAACGACUCCGUCUGCGGGUGAACCGCAUCUGCCUGCAGGAGUACGACCGGCUUCAGUACGACAAGGAGCGGCUGAGGGAUAUCUCCAUCCCAGUCGGGAUCGUGGUGGUGAGAGGAGACUGUGACCUGGAGACGUGUCGACUGUAUAUCGACAGAUUGCAAGAGGAUUUACACCAGGCGACAUCUACUGGCCACAGAGUGCACUACCAGGACGAGAGCCGAGGUCUCCCCAGAACCAGUUCAGCGAGCAGACUUUCCCCGAACUGGAGCUUCUUAGAUUCCACGUCAGCUGAUCGAUUCUACCGCAUCGACAAAGCUCAGGAGCAUCUUCACUUUGUGACGGAAAUCUGUCAAGAAGAGGUGUUUAUCUUGGACCACGAGGCACCUGUGGUGAGCCAAGCGACGUCGGCUGGGAUGCCGGAUGUUGUGGUUGAACCGGCUGCUGGGACACCCCUGACGCCUGAGGAGCAAGCUCUGCUGGCGGCGGCGACGUCAGGAGAUCUCUCCAUGCUGUCGGGGUGCGUCCAUCGAGGGGUCAGCCUGCUGGCCAGGGACUCCAGCGGGUGUUCUGCUUUGCACAAAGCUGCCAAGAAUGGACACACUGAGCUGGUCAGCUACAUCCUGCAGCAGGGUUCCAAAGUGCUUCUGGAUCUGGCCGACAGAGAGAAAGGAGACACAGCUCUACACAAAGCUGCCGGCGAGAAGAACCACGCCGUGUGCCGACUGUUGGUGGAGGCCGGAGCGUCAUUAGAGAAAACCAACUUCCAGGGGAAGACAGCAGCUGACCAAGCAGAGGGAGACUCUGAACUGGCAACUUUCCUGAGCAACCAGCAGCCGCCUGUGAAGCAAGAAGACCUGGAGACUGCUGUCUGAGGCCACACACACACAGACACGUGCUGGACUCUACACAGGAAGCGUCUGCAGCGUCUCAUGGGACCAACAGUCAGACGAACUGGAGCUUCGGCUCAAAACAAAAGUAUUUUAUUGUUAACUAUUUAUUUGUAUUUAUUUAUUCAGAUUCUAUUUAUUCUGUCGAGGGGACAAGUGCACUUUGGCCAGUUCACUUGUCGCUCGGGAGGUUACCUGAUUUAAAAAUACGUGCCAAAGACACUGGUGGAGUGUCAACAGUGGUCCAAACUUUCAGUUCUGAUCCUGAGAUUUGCCCAAAUUCAGCAACUCUGCUUUGCUUUUGUACCAAACUGUCAACCGUCAGCUUCUUAACAGCCAGUUAAACAACACGUCAACAGCCAAUACCCAAAUUUACAAACAAAGAAAAUCUUGUUUCACAUUUUAGUGUGCAGCUAAGAUACACUAUAUUUCUCUCAUCUAAGAGUCGCAUUGGUGCAACAUAGGGUUGGCUGUAAAUUCCAAGGGAAGGUAACAGAAAUAAAACCUUUCUUUCUAGUCAUGAUACAAAACAUUUCCCUUUUGAAAUAUUAUGCUGCCUAGUUUCAGCUGCUGAAACUAAAAACAAUCGGGGUCAUUUUUCAUCUUCCCUUUUCAUUGUUUUUCAUUGCAAAAAAACAUCAAUUAUUGAAUUAUAGAACAUUACUUUUGUCAACUCUUUUUUGAAAUUAUUUUUGUGAUAAAUUAUUUUAAUUGAAAAUACAUUUGCUCAGAUUUUUGUAAUGCAAUUUAAUACAUGUAAAUUGAAGCCAAGUAACCUGGCUCAAUUUGUACAGAGACAAUUUAAACAUAUACAAAAUCUAUGUUUAUCUUUGUAUUUCCAAAAGUACUUUCCAGUGCAAGAUAGUCAUUGCUUUAAUUAUUUGGUGAUGAAAUUGUAGCUUUUGCUUUUCUGCAUUACAAAUAUACAUGACGACAAUUAUCAGAGUAUUUUAAAUGAAAAUCAUUGAGAUGGAAAACACGUAUCUAAUGUGUCAAUUUCAUUUUAAAACGAGAAUUUUUUUUCUCCCAAAUAAUAUAAAAUUAAUAAAUCUGUAUUGGCUUCCAUUAAUGUAUGGAUUAAUUUGAGCAGAAACAGAAUACUCUGCUAUUGCGACUCAGUAUUCAGUGUUAAUGUCCAAAGUGUGUGAAUCUGAACAUAUCAUAUCAGGGUGUUUUGCUAUUUCUAUUAAACUUCAACUGCCAUCACAAAGUUAACCUUGCUGUGUGUGUGCAUGCAUGUGUGAGUUUCAAAUCCAUAUCAUGUCUCAGAGGAAACGUUUCAAAAAGACUCUGAAGAACAGCUUUGAUCCGGACCAUCUUAUGUUGCGAGUGUGUGUGCGUGAGGGAGAGGGAGAGAGAGAGAGAUAUCUGAGCCAUAUUCGCUGCAAUAUGAACAGAUGACAUCCUUUCCCAUUUGCAUUACAUUAAUGUUUAUCUAGUCGACCAUUUUGGCACAGAGGGUAUGGAAUGUCCCACUUUGACUUCAGUGCUGGUUGAGUUCAUGGUUGUUUCAUUUAGUGCAUGAAUAUCAGGAAAGUGAUUCGCACGUAGAUCGAGUCGGCAUUGUAAGACAGCUGCAGCCAUUUUAGACGCCCUGUCUUUUUCCUGCCAUGGACGUGUGGGUUUAAUAAAGAGUGAGGCUUUGUGUGACAAGCGUUAAUAUCACGACAAUAAUGCAUGAAUGAUGACUCAUUGUAUUUCCAUUAUUUUCUUUAUUUUGGAAUGAAUUAAAACCACAACAAAGACAUAAAAAGUAAUACAUUUUGUCACACAUUUAAUUUAUGAACAAACUCAGCAGAGAAACGCGCAGGCUGACAAAAACGUGCUCAUUUGAAUUCUCGGCUCUUAUUUGUCAGUUCAGCAGUGCAAUGCUGUUAAAUGCAGUCAGUAACAAUGCGUUCAGGUGUUCCGCUUCACACUUUUCUCUUUCUUUUUUUGGGGUCUUUUCAUUGGUCUUUUCAUUACACAUUUACAACUAUUUUUUGAAAAUCUAACCUCUGACUGAAACCAGCUAGUGUUUCCAGUAUACACCCUACGGCAGAUGAUUUUUUUUCUGACCUUGUUUUUUCCCCAAACCUUUGUGACUUAUUGGUGAGCUGACAUGUGAUGUGGGUGAAGUCAGAGCUCAGAAAUGAAACCUGCCUGCAGAAGUUGUGGCAGAUGAUGAAAGUUCUUUUUUAAAUGAAUAAGUGAAGGAAAAUGUAUCUCUUAAAGUUAAUUAUAUCUAACUGAGAAUAUUUCUAUAUAUAAAACCACAUGAUUUCAUCUCAACCUUCUCAGCUAUUUGAUUAAGACACUUUUUUUUAAUGGACUUUUUUUUAAAAAGAGCUUUUUUCCAUUUUUGCGUGUCUCUGAAGCAUCACAGUUUUGUUCUGCUAUGUAUCACAGGGGACCUUGAGCAUCCUGAAUUUGAAUAAAAUCUGUGCUUUCUGUUUUAAAAUUCAAAUAUGAGGCUUGAUGAACAACUUGAAUUGGUUUGUAAAAAUGAUCAACAAUAGCUGACAAAAACUCAGAAGAUUAUCAGUCAAGAUAAUGUUGCAUCUGACUGAUUGGGAGAAGCUAGUUGCUCUAUGUUUCUGAGCCGAGAUAUCCAUUUAUUCUGCUCUGUCAUUGAUAGUCCAAAGUCGAUUUGAAGAAAUGGCUUUCCUCUUUAAAGCUUUAAACAAGCGCAGGGCGUCUAAGAUGGCUGCCAGUGUGUACGGCGUGUGUACAUGAAACUCAAGUGUCCACAGAUUUUGUUGCAAUGACACUCUUCUUAUCACUUCUGCUGAGUCUUUGUGUCUCUCAGUGCAUGACCUACUCUGACCUCCUCUGGAUUGAAAACUUAUGACAGCAUAAAAAUGGCAUUAAUGAUAUGAUUGUUGUUGUUCUAACUUCUGAUUUACGCAGCGGUUUCCCUCCAAGUUGCUUUUGUUUUGUAUUUUGUUUAGCCGAUGAAGACACCGGGACUACUUGAAGUUUGCCGUUUUAUUUGCUUUGUUUGUUUAAAGAAGAUGUGACGAUGUAGUUUGGCCUCUGACUUCAUUUCUCUCCCUCCUGUUGCACAUGUUCAGUUGUCACAAGAGCAAGAGCAAAAGACAAACAAAAAACAACAAACAAAGAAAAAAAUAGUUCCCAAAAAAGUUAAAUUAUAAAACCUCUUUACUUGGGCUGCUGACCCUGACACCUGACCUUGGGUGAGUGGAAUCAGAAUCUGAAUCAAAUUUAUUGCCAUGGUCAGUGGGGAUCCCACCCACUAGGAAAGUGAAAGUGGAAUAAAGUGCUGACAAAAAAAUAAAUAAUAAAAUAAAAUAAACAACAAAGGCUGUUCACGAAUUCAACAGUGUGAUGGCCGAGGGGAAGAAGCUGUUCCUGUGACGGGAGGUUCUGGUCUGGAUGGACCGUAGCCUCCUGCCAGAGGGAAGAGGAACAAACCGUCCAUGACCAGGGUGAGAAGGGUCGGCUCUGAUCCGACCUGCACGUCUCUGGGUCCUGGAGACAUACAGGUCCUGAAGAGGUGGCAGGCUGCAACCGAUCACCUUCUCAGCAGAACGGACCAUGCGCUGCAGUUUGCUCUUGUAUUGUCUUGAGGGAGUGGGGGAAAAGCAAACAACCAAGGGCUGAAUAACUACGGUGGUUACACAAAAAGGUUCAAAAUCCUCAACAUGUUGGAUUGUUUCUGCUGGUGUAGAAGAAAGUUGUGUGCUAGGAAAAUACCUAGACUUCCCCACGUUAGCCAAGAGAUUUGCAUGUCUCACCUUGACACAGAGUUAUUAACAGGCGAGUCACCUCUUUGCUUUUCCACUCGUCCCUCUCCAUAUCCCAGAGUGACUCAGGAAACUUGACUGACGGUGAGUAUCACUCGCAACUCUUGUGUGUUCGUCGUGCCCUAGCGCUCACUGAACCA